AUGGAUAACUGGAGCAGCGAUUAUGAGUCGGAUACAACAGUGGGCCUACAAAACAUAGCCUUCCGAGUACUGAGUGUUCUGGGUAUUGGGCUGUGGUUGCACUGCAAGGGACGUCGUCGGCGACGGCUCAGACGUGCUGCAAGCAACUCGCAAGGCCGCGAACAGGUAGCCGUAAGCUCCCACGACGCUCAAUCAUUUCCAAAAUACGUUUCUGGGCAACAGAUGGUUUCGAAAAGUUCCAGUGUCAAGCGUCAGGAGGGCACGCAGGGCUGCGACAAAGACGAUAGCAGAAUCGAAGGGGCGACGUCGCCUUGGUCACAUGACGCGUGGCAACGGCUGCAGCUUGCCUGUCAGCGCGCCCAACAGCAGUGCAUCUCGCUCGAGGACGAGCUGAAACGCGUUCUUCGCGAGCGAGAGGAACUCCAAGAGGCCCUCUCCAUGGCACGCGGCGCUCUGCAGCCCUGUGAGCAGAGCACGGGCUGCGCUGCACAUGCAGCGCCUCUGCUUGCAUCGUUACCGCCGCCGCGCAAGGCAGUGGACCAAAAGCCCAGCAAACCAGAGGCUCAACGAAUGGCGGGUGCUACUGUAAACCUCGACGACGCUACGCAGCCGUGGCUAGAGCAUACGACUCCGGUGCCGUCGGACCAGUCGAGUCCGUUCCAACAGGACGAGGCGGCGUCCGGAGCCCAUUCGCCUGCUGCUCGUUCUGGACCUGUGCUUCCGGACACGCUUGGUGGACUCAGGCUCGACCCUGUCGAAGUCGCUGCCGCCAUGGCGCUCCGCCAGCGUGGAUUUGGUGGAGGCCUGCUCAACGAGGCCUCCAUCGAUGACGUUCGACGACGACUGGGUUUUGGUGGUAGUGCUCACUCGUGCAAAAACGCUGCACAAGCACCGACGCAUGCUAUGGACGCCUUCACGUACUAUGGAGAUUAA